GAGAGGCGGACGGUGAUCCGGAGACAAGGCGGGCGAAAACACGCGCAGAGACGUGUUUACUUUCUGAUCUCUGUCCGUUACCAGUGCGUGCUUUUCGGGAAAACCCAGAGGCGGCUGUUUCAGUGUUUCGGGAGUGUCCGUGCCGGACUGCGGGUGUUUGUUGGUCCGAAUGGCAGAUCAGUGAACGCACCAGUCUCACCACAGCGACUUUAAUGGAGAAACACGGCGACUCGACACUUGCCUGACGAGCAGCCUGUGUCCGGAUAAAUGUCAUUGUGCUCGAUAUCGGUGUGUAUUCGGAUCUCAGACGUGGCCGCAGCUGUGGAUUAGAUCUCUGACACUUUUUACUUUCGAUAACAAGCAGCGCUGUCACUGGCUGAGCAGCAGAGCUGACAUGGCCAACAUGAAAUCCCGCAGUGAGGAUGAGGAUGAUGAGCGUCAUUCUACAGACCCUGAAAGCAGAGACCCCAAGAACUCUAAGAAGAUGCUCUGCAAAGUUAAAUGGUCCAGAGAAGAGGACGAGAGGCUUAAGAAGCUUGUUGAGCAGCAUGGCACUGAUGCAUGGAAAUUAAUCGCUAAUUAUUUCCCAACGAGGACAGAAGGCCAGUGUCAGCACCGCUGGCAGAAGGUCCUCAACCCAGAGCUGGUGAAAGGGCCAUGGACAAAAGAGGAGGAUCAGAGGGUGAUAGAGCUGGUGCAUAAGUAUGGCCCCAAGCGAUGGUCAGUAAUUGCAAAGCACCUGCAGGGCCGCAUAGGAAAGCAGUGUCGGGAGCGCUGGCACAACCACCUUAACCCAGAGGUGAAGAAGUCCUCUUGGACCCAGGAAGAGGACCGUAUCAUCUAUGAGGCACACAAACGCCUUGGCAACCGCUGGGCUGAGAUUUCAAAGCUGCUACCUGGAAGGACCGACAACUCCAUUAAGAACCACUGGAACUCCACCAUGCGUAGGAAGGUGGAACAGGAGGGCUAUCUGCAGGAGGGCAACAGGAGCUUCACCAGUGAGCAGCCUAUGAAGAGACGACACAAAGCCUGCCACAGUGUGGAGCAGCAACACAGCCACAGCCAGCUGCUCAUGAAUGACCAGUCCCAGCUGGCUGGAUACUCGUAUGGCUCUGUGAGUGGGCAGUGCAUGGACAGCGUCACAGAGGGCUCCAGCUUCAUGUCGCCGUGCCAUGACGAUCCCGACAAAGAGCAGCGAAUUAAGGAGCUAGAGCUGCUGCUUAUGUCGGCUGAGAAUGAAGUCAGAAGACAGUCCGGCCCUCGUAACCCAGAGAGUUACUCCAGCUGGUCAGACAGUCUGGCAGAUGACACUGUGACCACCACUGGCAGUCUGGAGGAAGGCAGCGUGGAGCUCUGUCGUGCGGAGGAAACUCAUGCACAGCCCAUUCCGCUGCACGUCUCUCCUAGCAAGUUCCUGGCGGUGGAAGCUAGCGCUGUGCUGUCCACUCUGCAGACCAUUCCUGAGUUUGCAGAAACCAUGGAGCUCAUUGACUCGGAUCCCACAGCCUGGAGUGAGGUGGCUAGUUUUGACCUGUCUGAGGCUGUGAGUCCUCCUAAACCUCUCGGCCUUGGUGGGGCAUACCCAGCUCCGGAGAGCAGUGCAGAGGUUGUUGGAUACCACCUCAACGGCCUUGCUGUCCAAGAUAUCAACAGGCCACUAGUUGGAGCUGGGCAGGGAAAGACUGUUGCUCAUACCACUCGGCCCGCUAGCAAAUUCAGCUCCCCACCAUCAUCUGUGCCAAGAAAGCAGGCAAGAGAAUGCGGAGACCAGUCGCCCACCACCGACAGAAACUGUGGUUCGUUUAGAGACACCACCAGCAGCUCACCCAAAGGCACACCAGUGAAAGGGUUACCGUUCUCUCCCUCCCAGUUCUUCAACAUAUCUGGGACUGAGCAUUUGAACCUGGACAAUCCUGCACUUACGUCCACUCCAGUGUGUGGGCAGAAAUGCUUCCUUAACACGCCACACCAGAGGGAAACCACACCCAAACACCAGAAGGAGAAUGCUGGUUUCAGAACCCCCAAGAUCCGUAAAUCCAUAAUGGUCCACACCCCGAGGACACCCACUCCUUUCAAAAAUGCCCUGGCAGCUCAGGAGAAGAUGCAUGGGCCCUUAAAAAUUGUGCCGCAGCCACUGGCUUUCCUGGAAGAAGACAUCAGAGAAGUGUUGAGGGAGGAAACGGGUUCAGAUAUCUUCACUCAAAGACAUACUCACUCUGAACACAGGGCUUAUGAGAUGGAAGUUCCUGCCAGAAAGGUGAGGAAGUCCUUGUUGUUGGACAGCUGGGGGAAGGAAUGCCUCGGUGUGCAGCUAUUCACUCAGCAGCAGAUCAGCACUAAUGCUCAAUCUCUUAAUGAUGGGUUGUUGAGCAGCACUCUGCUGCUGCCCCCUCUGGCUGAGGGAGAGAAGCUCACCUGCUCUCCUGGCUCAGUAAAGGAGGACGCCUACCCUCUUAUCUAUCCCCUCAGCCCCCAGGCGAAAAAAGAGCUUCAUGCACACAGGAACCCCGCCUACCAAACCUCUACUCAGGCAAGCAGGGAGUGGGAGGCAGUGGUGUUUGGGAAGACGGAGGACCAGCUGAUCAUGACAGAGCAGGCCAGGCGCUACCUGACCUCGUCCCAGCUGCCCUGCACUCCGAGAGCGCUGGUCCUGUAAGCUCUGGCUCCGCAAUGCUCCAUUUCAGCAACCGUUCCUGCCCCGUCCCCGCGUUUCACCUUUAGACAAUCUGGCAUAGGAAACUAAACGCCCACCUCUUUUGUAUAUAUUCACUAAAGACUUACUUAUAUGACAGUGUAUUGCAGAAUAGGCUGCCUUAACACACGAAGAAGCACGGUAGAGACUUGGCUUUGAUUCUGGAGAUGUAGACACAGCUGGGUUUGUGACUAAAAGAACAUGACCUGUUUACCUGUUAGGAUUACACUUUUAGCAUCUACAGUAGUUGUAGAUUUGCUGACCUAGGUCAAGGCAUUUGAACAGACAUUUCAUAUCAUAUAACUUUUUAGGCGUAGACAACGUCAUGAGAGACAGUUUUGAGUAUUACAUUGGUGGAAGGGAAUUAAACCCUUUUUAAUGGUUUGUCUCUGCUGAUCUAUCUGUGCUGCGCCCAUAAAUGGUUGCUAGGUUCGACAAGCUUUACAAAAUUGCCAUUAGAAAAAUGCCAUUUACCCUAAUAGCUACAUAGUGUUGAGUUUCCAGUUUAAAAUGUUAGAGUUAUUAGAGGUAAUUGAAACUAGACAGGUAAAAGACAAGUUAGCUUGGUUACAUGACAAAAUACAUGUAGUCUAUACUAACACUGGGAACGCAUGCAAAAUAAAUACAAUUUAAAGUGAAUAACACUUCACAAUUUAAAAAACUACAGUUUCAAUCACAUUGUGAUUUCCAUAACUCUUGUUCAACCUAGCAGCAGUUGCUACAACAGUAUACAUUUGUGGGUGAAGCAUGUACAGGUCGGUUGUUUUUUAUUAAUAUAAGAGAAAAAGCAUUUUUUAUUGAUUUUGCUCUAAUGUUAAUGCCAGACAACCAAGGUACAAACAAAAAAAUAUUUAGGGUGCAGUUCCUGAAGUUGGCUCAUACCAGCCUGUCUUCCAGGUUUUUAGCUUGUUUGUUUUUAGAGAAUUUUUAUUACCAACAUGGCGUCUUAAGGAUUGGAGAGCACUGGCAGUGUUGCACUACUGAUUGUGGUUGUGUGUAAAGGAGAGGAGCUCGGAGAAGGAACUGGAUAGCACUUGCAAUGUGAUUGUUUCGGCCUGAAACCGUAACAAGAAGGCUCUGCUCCGUUUAUGCGGAUGACACUCACUGAAUGUAUUGUACAGCAUUUAUCCGCGAAGUAGCGUCAAAAGGAAGGGUACCUCGUUUUGUUUUUUAUUUUUGGCUUUUAAUUUAUUUUCUACUGUAAAACUAGAGUUGUUGAGAUGUUUAUUGAACACCUGGACCGUCCAGUUUCAGAAAAACAUAAAAAAACACAACUAAAACAACAACAAAAAACAAACCUACCUUUUUGUUGACGGACACAGCUGUGACUGCAGCCUAAACGAAUAGCAUCUUAGCUGCUUUAGUCAAUCUUACCAUAAAUCAUGUUUUGGUACUGAUUUUUUAAUUAUUUUUUUUAAGGUGCAGUCUAGCAGAAGUUACACAUUCCAAGACAUUCACAUUCUUGGCAAAGUGGAUUUCUCUCUUCAUUUAGGGCUGUAGGUUGUAUUUAUUAAAUCUCUACUAAUUUAUUUAUUGCAAAGAUAUAAAGAGAAUCUUUAAUUUUAUUUUCCGUCUUGUCGAGAAAAAGGAUUUUGGCUACCUUCCAUCACACAUUUUUCAAAAAAAAAAAGAAAGAAAACAUGUUAAUGACAAACUGCCACUAAUUGUUCUUUUCUGAUUGGUUUAAAAAGCAGAAAAUCAUCUCCACAGUUGUAUCUCUGUUGAGUUCAAACCAGUUUAAAUACAGGUAGCAGCAUUCAGCCUCCAAAAUGUUUAACGUAGGCAAAUUGCACUUUUUAAAUGUUUAAAUGUUGGUUUGUUUUCAGUCUGUGUUUUUCCCCUUGUAAAGUCCCCCUGUAGUGUUUGUGAGUUUUGUUUUUUUUUUAAUUAUGAUUUUUUUUUGAUGGUAGAGGUGGUGGCUGAAUGUUUCUUUAAAAAAAAUGAAACACUGACUUAGGAUGGCAUCUAAAUACGAACAAAUAAGAGUUCCUCUCUCUCACUCAGUACUUCUACUGGUGAAAUCGAAAGCGAGCUGCUACUGAGAAACACAAAUGAAGAGGCCAUACUAAUAGAUAGAAACACAAGCACAGUCCUUUCGAGAUGUAGGAUGUAUUGUUUUCGUAUAUAUUGAAUUUGAAGGCUGGUAUCGAAGGUGACCCUUGUGAAACUGUUACAGUAGAGCAUUUGUCAGACCAGUGUUUUCUACUGCGCAUUUGAAAUUAUCCGGUAGUAUUAGAGGUUACUGAAGGUGUCUGCAUUAAGGCAUUUUAAUUAAAAGCAAGAGUUGGUGAAAUGCACAGAGCUUGUUUAAUUAAUUAACUCAGUUGUUUAUUUCAACACAAGGACUCAAGCACCAAUUUAUCUUUCAAUAAUUAAUCGCAAGGUCUGUGUUCUUAAAUCACCAAGAUAUUCACCAUGUUUUAUAGCAUAAGAUUGAAUAUUAUUUAAUGUAACAAUGCAGGUAACAGCUAAAAAAGCAUUUUUGAUUUGUUCGAAGUCUUUGGUUUGAUGUGUCUAUGUACAUUUUUGUCACGUUUUUAAUGUAGGUGUAUAUAAAAAUUCUAUUUUCUAACGCUCAACCACCUAAUCGUAGGUUUUGAGGGAAGUAAGUACAUGUAGCAGUUUAAAAACAGUGCAUGAAACGCAAUACAUUCACAUCCCACUUGCAUUUUCACAAGAAGUUCAAACAUGACAAUAUUUUGCUCGUCAUCUAUUGCCUGCCUUUCUGAAUCCUGCCAAUAACCAUAUGUGACUCUUGUACUUAUUGAAAUAAAAAGAAAAUAAAAUAAAACGCUUUGUUCAUUA